AGUGGGACGAGAAGCCGAUGUUGUACCAAAAACGCCUCCAAAAUAGGGGUCUGAAGGUUCUCGGUUGUGCACAACUGCAAUGCCAAGCAUUCUCCAAGAUACCUAUCCAAUUCCUGCCUCUGUCAUAACCAAGUCUCAUCAGUGUUCGUUCACUUUUGUGUGAAGCGGUAUUUAACACAUCCGCAGUGCGAACCGGUUAACCUCAGGUCUAGAGAGACCAUUUUGCAUCAAGAUUUCGAUGAGGUCCGAUCAGGUCUACCGUCAACUGCCUGCCAUAUCGGAUCUUUGAGCAGCCAGAACAAUUGCACUCGUUAUCAUGACCACCAUGCGUUCCAGCAGGUGGGAUUCUAGCUUUGUCCCAGAGACAAGCUUCAAACUUGAACAGCCCAUACUCAGAAUACUGAAAGUGAUUCAAGGUUCUAUAGCCUUUCCAUCGACUUGGAAGUGGCCUGAUUCGCCUAGGUGACGGAAAUCCGGUCAUGCACAACGCGCUGUGUGUGCUGGAUGUCAGAUACUAAGAAGCUCUGGACCAGAGGGUCACUUCUUCACUCCUUGUUUUCAUGAUGUUGAUACACACUCUGGUAAGAGUGAAAUAUCCUAGAUUGUCAGGGUCAACGAUGCCGAGAGGGCGAGGUGCGCGGCCCGCCUCCUCCCACCGAGCGGCUACGCCCCAUUGACAAGAUCCGACAUCAACCAACUCUCCCUGUAUGUACUUCGAUCGAUGCAUAUGUUUCGUAAUCUGAUCUCAUGUAUUACUGAAUUGCUGCCAAUAGGUGCACUUGCCGACGUGCUUCAGAUUGGGGUCAAUGUGCGGAGAUUGGCAGCACUGAGUUGCUGUUCUGGGGAAUGGAGAAUCGACGUGAAGUACUUUGCGGGGUAGUAACCUCUUGACGAACAAGGUUCGCGGGUCGCACUGCCAGUAUCUUUGAGCUCGAAUAUGGCUUCGGAAGCCGAUCGAAAGCUUCUACAACCGCAGCGACGAGGUAGCUCUCAGCUUUGAACAAGUGUCUGGACGCAUUUCAGUGCGCGAAGAGCCGAUCUUAGCCUGGGCAUGCGAAACAAAGUAUCAUUCGUCACUUUGAGGUGAGCAUGCUGAGUCUUCGUGAAACGCCCAAGUGCGGAUCUUUUCAAGGCAAGAUCUCGCUUCGGAAGAUGCUCAAGUGUACAUCUAGGUAGGCGGUUGCGGACUAUCCCACUUGCCCGAGUUCCCGAGUGUGUGCUAGAGACUUGAUAUAUAACCCUCGUGGUUUCGUGAUCUUACUCUGGGCAUCCUACAUCUUACCAUCUUGGUCUCUCUCACAUCUCAGAAGCUGAACCCGGAACUUCCUUAGAUUCUUUCCUUGACUUUAUUCAUACAGCAUAUCACAUUCCCACAAUUCAAGAUGUUUGGCAAGGUCACUAUCGAGGACCACUUCAACCUUCCGGACUUUGCUGAGAAAGCAAAGUGGUGGGCUGGCUUCUUUGCUGUUGAUGCCGAUCGACAUGUUCGCGAAAUCAGCGACGUCGAUAAGAUCAGGCUCGAAUAUGCAAACAAACAUGGUGUCGGAUACCACAUCUUGUCGUACACAGCACCCGGUAUUCAAGAUAUUGCCGACCCAGCCGAAGCACUGCGAAUGGCUCAAUUGACCAACGACUGGAUCUAUGAGCAAAUAAAGGACAAACCAGAUCGCUUUGGUUCUUUUGCUGCUUUGCCCAUGCAUGACCCUGCUGUUGCAGCUAAGGAGCUGAGACGUUGUGUUGAGAAAUACGGAUUCAAGGGUGCUUUGGUGAAUGACAUCCAGAUUGCUUCGGAUGGAAAGUCACUUAUUUUCUACGAUCAACCUGAAUGGGAUGUUUUCUGGCAGACAGUUGUGGAGCUCGACGUUCCAUUUUACCUCCACCCGAAACAGCCGACAGGCGUGGUCCACGACACCUUGUGGGCGGACAGGAAAUGGUUGAUCGGGCCACCUCUGUCAUUUGCUCAAGGAGUGAGCUUACAUCUCCUCGGAAUGGUUGUCAACGGUGUUUUCGACAGGAACCCAAAGCUGCAAGUAAUCAUUGGUCAUUUGGGCGAGCAUAUUCCAUUCGACCUGUGGCGCAUCAACCACUGGUUUGAAGACAUCAAGAAGCCAUUAGGUCUGUCAAUCAAGAAGACGAUUCGUGACUACUUCCGCGAGAAUAUCUGGAUCACAACAUCCGGGCACUUCUCGACACCAACGCUGAAAUAUUGCAUAGAAGAGUUGGGCGGCGCGGAUAGGAUCAUGUUCGCCACGGACUACCCCUUCGAGAAUUACCACGAUGCAUGUACUUGGUUCGACGCGUUGAAGCUGGAUUUAGGUCAGAAGGAGAAAAUUGGGAGAGAUAAUGCGAGAGGGUUGUUCAAGUUGAAGGCAUUCAAGGAUUGCGAUUCAUAUGAUGCGUAUUGAGGAGUAUUAACCGACUUCUGGCGCAAGGGAAGGAGCAUUAACAGUUUCAUGAUAAUUUCCGGUCAUCUUGAGCCAGUCCAACAACAUUGGCUAUAAAAUAAUAUAUCCCUUUCCAC